AUGAAGAAAAACAGCCUUCUGCAGGAGUCAGGUUUUUCUGCUUCUCUGAAGAUAUUUAGCUGCUGAGGCCUAGAGAAAGUUAUUGGCUUUGUCAUGCCACAUAAAUGGGAACACGAAAGGAAAAAGGGCAGCAUCACCAGCUCACUGAAGAUGGAUCGACAGAGCAGCGUUGGGAGUAGGAAAUCAAAAAAGUUUCGCUCCAUUUCAAGAUCACUUAUACUCUGUAAUGCCAAGAAUACUGAUGAUGGGUCGAGUCCAGAUGAGAAAUGCCCUGAUCCCAUUGAGAUUUCUACCAACUGGGAUCAAGAGGAAAUUGACAGUUGUCCUGGAUUACAAGUGCUGUGCACUUCAGAAUCGGAUAACAGCACUCCUUAUCCUCUUGUGAUCACCAACGCGAUCGAGUCCAAAGAUGAUGCAAGUGAGAGCUGCAAGAAUAUGAGAAGAAAGUUCUUCAUCCAGGAUGGCUGCAUCUGGAGGCUUUGUAUAGCCACUGGAAAUGACGGCCUGGGGAUCCGAGUCUCGAGAACCUCCAACUACACUUCUGUUGGGAAAGGGUUCACAGUCAGCCAGGUGAUCAAUGGGGGUGCUGCCCACAGGGAUGGUCGUCUAAGCCCAGGGGAUGAAUUGUUAACACUAAAUGGACAAUCACUUAAAGAGCUCACCAGCAAAGAGGCUGAAUCUCUCAUUCAGUCAGCGACAGGCCUAGAAUCCUCAACAGGUGUCUACAAUGAAAGGCCUGUUAAAUUGGAAAUACAAACUAAUUGUUUUCUGCACACUAAAGCCAGCUGCCAAAGGACUCGCAGCAAUUCAACCAGUGUAAAUCCUUACUGGAUGGGGGAAAUUGACUACCCAACGACAAAGAAAUCAGCAGCAUAUAGAGACAGACAGCCCCAUUCUCUUUACAGUAACCGGAAGUCACUCUCUCAGCAGCUAGACUGUUUGGUAGGAAGAGGUCCGGCGGUUUCAAGACCUUCUAGAUCGCUGAGCACUGCUCAGUUAACGCACAUGUCUUGUGGCUCACAGGCUUCCGUAAUAUCAAACAUUGUUUUGAUGAAAGGCCAAGGGAAGGGGUUGGGCUUCAGUAUUGUUGGAGGGAAGGACAGCAUUUACGGGCCCAUUGGUAUCUAUGUAAAGACCAUCUUUCCAGGUGGAGCUGCUGCUGCUGAUGGAAGGUUACAAGAAGGUGAUGAAAUUCUGGAACUGAACGGAGAAUCAAUGUACGGAUUAACACAUUAUGAAGCUUUACAAAAAUUCAAGGCCAAAAAGGGUCUCCUCACUCUUACGGUCAGGACAAGCCUUAGCACCCCUUAUUCUGCCUCUAGCUACCUAUCGUCACACUUAUGUCAGUCUCUGAGCUCCAGCACUCGGAUAACCAAGGAAAACAGCUCUUUCAGUUCAGAUGGUGCUGCCCUUUCAUUACGCACCACAAAGCCCAAUGACAGGGUCAUAAUGGAAGUUUCCUUAAACAAAGAAGCUGGCGUUGGCCUAGGAAUUGGUUUGUGCAGUGUCCCUUAUGCCCAAUGCAUUUCCGGGAUAUUUAUCCAUACCCUCUCACCAGGCUCCGUGGCUCAUAUGGAUGGGAGGCUCAGGUGUGGAGAUGAAAUCAUAGAAAUUAAUGAAGCACCAGUCCAAAAUAUGACACUUAAUGAAGUUUAUGCUGUUCUAAGCCACUGCAGUCCUGGUGCUGUGCAGAUUAUUAUUAGCAGACACCCUGAUCCACAGGUAUCCGAACAGCAGCUAAAGGAAGCGGUUUCACAAGCUGUGGAAAACAACAGAUUUGGAAGGGAGAGGCAACAAUGGAAUACUGAAGGUGUUAAAAGACUGGAAACUAGCUGGCAUGGCAGAUACCAGCAUGAAAAACACAACACUACUUAUUGCAGCCGCAGAUCUCAGAAGCUAAUGACCCGUUCCAGCAGUGACAGUAGUUACAACCCCAGGUCAUCUUGCAGUAAUGGCACCCCAUACCAGCGUGCUGACUUGAAGGCAAAAGUACACAGCAUUGAUGUACCAAUUACCAGACAGCCUGGCUUGCUGGAUUCAUUGUCCAGAACCAGUUUGGAGAACCAUUCCCCUCCCACUGGCAAUGAAGCAGGCCAUCUCUCUCAGAACAUAAAAAAAUCUAUGGAGAUUCUUGUUAGAAAACCUAAAUCGUCAAAGCCCAAACCUCCACCAAGGAAGUAUUUUAAACACGACUGCACAGACACUGACCAGUGUAACACAGAGGUGAAAGGGAAACCUAUGCUACAAGACAAUGGGAGCCCAUCUUCUGCCAAUGUUCAGGAAGCAGGAGACCUGCUGCUACAGGGAAAUAAAACAGUUAUAACACACAGUCUCUCUGCAACUUCUGUAACACCAAGAGGUACUGAACACUCAGCUGCAGUGUCAGCAGACGGAGACCAAGAGAGGAAUGCAAACCUAGGGAAUCUUAUUUCAUCAAUACAAAGGCCUGUACUUAGAAGACAACCACGGGUAGAUUACAGUCUUGAUACUACAGCAGAAGACCCUUGGGUUAGAAUUUCUGAUUGCAUCAAAAGCUUGUUUAAUCCUACUAUGAGUGAAGAAAACAGUCACUUAGAUAUAGACCCCAACAACAACACAAAUGAAGAAAAUCAAAGUCCCAGCUGUCCAGAGGUAGUGCUGCAGAAAUCAGAAGCAGAAGCAGAUGGUUCAAAAGGACACAACUCAGAUGAAAGUGACACUGGGAAAAAGGGCCCUCCAGUAGCACCUAAACCAGCCUGGUUUCGCCAAAGUCUAAAAGGUUUGAAGAAAGGAAAUUCACAUAUCAACACACAGGCAGAUCAAAGUUCCAUUGACCUCCAGAGUGUUUCUGGCAAAGAACGGGGCUCCAGUAUAUCCCGGGCCUCACCCAGAGGAUCAUCAAUAAAGCAGAGAAUAAACUCCUUUGAAACUUUCAGUGCUCCUCAGUCACCUGAAAAAGGAAAUAGAAAACCCAGCCCAAAGCCAUCAGUCUGGAAAGAAAAUUCUCCCAGCCCAAAGCCAUCAGUCCGGAAAGAAAAUUCUCCCAUUCAUUUAAACCAAGGCCCUUACAAUGAAGGUUCUGAUAACAGCCAACUACAAUCAACUCCAUCUGUGGUUACAGUCGAGACUCUGAGCCUAAAUAGGUCCUGCUCUCCCAAAGAGGCACUCAGUCCUAGUCCAAAGAGAAGCAACAGCACAAGUACUGAAAUUUCCUUGGAUUUAUUACCUUCACAAGCCACUGAACUUCACUGUCCAGUAGCAAAAGCACAGACCCAAAGAACACGAAGCUUCCCCCUUACUGCUAACCAGUCUUGUGAGAUGAUGAAGACAAAUGAUGAAAAAUACAGCAAAAUCUAUUCCAUCAGCAAUCAAGUGUCAUCUGCUUUAAUGAAAUCUUUGCUUUGCCUUCCUCAGUCUCCGCUCUUUUCUGGGAACAAUCCAUGGAGCACUUUGGAAACCUCAUCUCAGCACGCCAUGGAAGAGAAUGGGACCCCUCCCUCAUCUACGAGUGAGAGUCAUCAUUCAGACACUGGAUUUUCCCUGAACCUCUCUGAACUGAGAGUCUAUACUGUGAGUUUAACAGACAGAGGGAAAGAGGAAGAGAAACAGGAACACUGUUCAUUUCAAGCAUCUAGUGUGUCCGGGCAGUCAGUCAUCUCUCUGCUUUCCCCUGAAGAAUUAAAGAAGCUUAUAGAAGAAGUAAAAUCACUAGAUGAGGCUACCUUAAAGCAAUUUGAUGAUAUUCAGGUUACAAUUUUGCAUAAAGAAGAAGAUGCUGGUCUUGGAUUCAGCCUGGCAGGAGGAAUCGAUCUAGAAAACAAAGUUGUUACUGUUCACAGAGUAUUUCCUAAUGGACUAGCAUCUCAGGAAGGAACUAUCCAGAAAGGAGAUGAAGUCUUAUCCAUUAAUGGGAAGUCUCUUAAAGGUGCCACUCACAACGAUGCCUUGGCGAUCAUGCGCCAGGCUCGACUGCCAAGGCAAGCCGUCAUAGUGACUAAAAAAGCUAAAGAGGAAGAAAAAAGUCUUAAUGUUUCAGUUGACUCUACUACGUAUUCUACAGAAAGUGAAACCUCAACAGAAGCUACAACUGAAGACACAAUCUGCACUGUAACUCUGGAAAAGACACCUGCUGGCUUAGGAUUCAGUCUGGAAGGAGGGAAAGGCUCCAUCCAUGGAGAUAAACCCAUCAUCAUCAACAGAAUUUUUAAAGGAGUUGCAUCAGAACAAAGCAGCACUGUUCAGCCUGGUGAUGAGCUAUUGCAAGUGCACACAACUGUUAUGCAAGGACUCACCCGUUUUGAAGCUUGGAAUAUCAUCAAGGCAUUACCUGAUGGGCCCAUCACUGCUAUCAUCAAGAGGAAAAAUCCAAGUUCUAUUACCACUAAAUCAUCUGAAACUUUGCAAGGAGAAGAAUGAAACUGCUGCCAGUGUUCAAACGAAACAAACAAACCAACCCACAACAUUUCAUUACGUAAAGCUAUUUACCAUCACAGCAGAGAUAUUGUAGAAGUGCAGAUGAUCAUAUUGCAAGUUUUAUAGAUAUCUUUGCAACCUCCAAGCAAGUUGUCUGGAAUAAGAGACUGAUAUAAAAUGCUCACAAUUCCGUUUACAAUAUUCAUAAGAAGCUGUUGAAAAUUGUAGAAGGCUAAAAAAAGGUCUUAAUAUAAUGAGUGUAAUAAAAUGUGUGAAAAUUGCAGUA